AGGAAGCCUUCCUGCACGGAUGUCCUGACCGCCGCUCCUUUGGACACCGAUUAGAAAGGGAGCUGCUCGGAUGUGGAUCAGCCGCUUGCAUGUGUGCUCACAGUCAACAUUUAAGUGACUUUCUAACACCGAUCAUGUCUGAGGACGAGGGACAUCUUUCCCAGAUGAUGAGCAUCUCUGCACGGCUGCUGCUCCUCCUCCUCCUCUUUUCUCCUGCAUCCCCGUCUCCUCUUGCAAAGGAUCAGUCUGUGUGUGCCAGGACUUUCUGUGGUGCAGGCAGAGAGUGUGUUUGGACCAUCGGAGGACAACCGGAGUGUCGCUGUUUACAGCGUUGUGACGAAUCGGAGCGCUGGGUGUGUGGCAGCAACAGCAAAUCUUACAGGAAUCACUGUGAGCUGCACAGAGAUGCCUGCAUCACCGAGACCAAAAUCCACGUGGCUCAGCGAGGACAGUGUGUGGGGAAACGGACAGAGACAGACAUCAGUCCUGUCGUGUGUUUCCUGUCUGAGCGGGAUCGGCUCAGAGAGCAGGUGAUCCGGUGGAUUAACUCAGAGGUGGACCAGGAUCAUUGGGCCUCAAACCUGUCGUCAUCAUCCAGGGAUGUCCUGCAGAAGUAUUUUCAGACCUAUGCCGGCGGGGAUUCCCAGCUGGAUUCCAGCGAGUUCCUGCGCUUCCUGAGCCACAAUGAGAGCGCUCUGAACCUCCUGUACCCCGAUGCUCAGGGGACUAACCAUCUACUCAGGUCUCUUUGUGUCGAUGCUUUAAUCGAGCUGGCAGAUGAAGAUUUCGACUGGAAACUCAGUUUAACUGAGUUCACCAACUGCCUGACCCCCAGCUACCAGCCACAGGAGAGAAAGUGCGCUUUGGAGGACGCCGUGUUUGAGGACGGAGCUGAAACCCAGAGAGAGUGCAACAAGUGUGUGUGCGCCUGUGGGAACUGGGUGUGCACCGCGCUCACAUGCUACGAGGGGCACCGGCUGAAGACGCACCAUCAGGAAAAAGGAGAAGAAGAAAUGACAGAGGAUGAGUGGAGGAGGACUGUGGCUGAACUCAACGCUUUACAGGAGAUCUCCAUCACUGGGAGCUGAGGACACAUCACAGAACCUAAGGAAGCAGCGAGCAGCUGACAUAUUCCUGAAUGGGACUUUGGUUCUUGCUCCCCCAACGGUGGAGGUGCUUUGCCCGGAGCUUUUUUGCUGUUUUUGUUUGAGGGGGUUUCAAAAUGUUUUAGAAGUUCAGAUUCUCACAAGAUGAUUUGGGAUUGUAUAUCUCUGUGAUUGUAACUUUUUACUUAUAGUGAACCUGUUUGCCGUUACUAUUCUGCUAAAAUGGGUGAAUUAGCGACGCCAUUUUGGGAUUAUUUAUUUAUUUUUUGAUACAGUUUGAGUGAAGAAUCAUUUAGCAAAAAAUGUCAUUAAAAUAAUUGUUGAACCGACAAA